CAUUGUUUCACGGAUCAUUCGUUUGGGACGCGCUGGCAUGAUGGUUGUGUGUUUCUCCGCCCUCCCACAAUGGGCCGCGCGCACAUCCCGGCGCUGCUGAAGCUGAAGCCCAAGGGCUUCCGCGUGGAGGUCGCGGCGAUCGUAGGGCGUUCCGAGGAGGCGUUCCAGAAGGCUGAGAGGACGUUGAAGGUGAAGGAAGUGGCCCGCUUCGCGUCUCUGGAGGCGCUGCUGGCUGCGAGCGCGGCGGACGUGCUGAUUGUGGCGCUGCCGAUCGCCUCGAUGGCCCAGGCGGUGGCCGCGGCCUUCGCCGCGGGAGUGGCGGUGCUCUCGGAGAAGCCCGUCGCCGCCUCGCUCGCGCAGGCGCUGGAGCUCUGGCGCGCCCGCGGGACCGCGACCUGGUGCGUGCUGGAGAACUGGGCGCACAAGCCGGGCCUGGGGGCCGUCGGGACAGCCCUUGCGGGUGGCGCCGUGGGCGAGCCGAGGGGGUAUUCCCUCGCCUUCUCCGAGCCAGCGCCGGCGCGGCCCCAGCUGGGCUGGCGGGCGGAGGCGGACUGGGAGGGGGGGUGGUGCCUGGACGUGGGCGUGCAUUUUGUGCGAGCGCUGCGCCGGCUCUUUGGGGAGGUCGUCUCCGUGCACCGCGGCCAGGCGGGGCACGUUGCGGUCACAGCCGUCCUCGAGCACGAGCGUGGGCUGCGCGGGAGUGUCUCGAUAAGCCACGGCUGCCCUUGCGACGCAGACCAGGGCGCCGCGGCGCGCUGGAACGGCCUCCGCGUAGAGGGUGACGAAGCAGACCUCGAGUGGCGCUGGAGCGACGGCAGCAUCCGGAUCGUGCCCCGCAGCUCUGGAGAAGAGCAGGUGGUGAAGGUCGAGGGCGACGGCUGGAUCGCUGGAGGCGUGCGCGCCACGCUGGCCGACGCGCUGCGCCAGUGCGCCCUGGAGCGCGGGCUGCUCCCGCGCGGCGGCGGCCACGAGUUGCACCUGUGCUCUGCUGAGGAGGCGAUCCGUGACGCCGCUGUCAUGUGGGCCAUGUGCGGGGCUUCUUGCCUUGAGGCCAGCGCGAACCCUGCCGGGGCGGGAGCGAGCCCCGGCGUGGUGGUGCCGUCGGACCUGCUGGCGGCGCGCGGGGCAGAGGAGGACUGGUUCGUGCUGCCAGUGCGCGGCGACGUGCGCAUGGUGGACGCAACUGGCAGCAGGCGCUACCCGCCGCCAGCGCACGCCUGCCGCCCAGCCUCCGUAGCGGAGGUUCAGGCGGCAGUCCGGGGCGCCCGCCGGAGGGCGCAGCACGUCAGGGCCAUCGGCACCGACCACUCGUGGGGCCCCGAGGGGGAGGUGGGCAGAUCUGGGCUGAGGAUGGACAUGCGGCUGAUGAGCCGCUUCCUCCGGCUGGCACCAGCCGCGGGGGGCGAACGCCUCGCCGUGGUGCAGGCGGGCAUCCUGCUCGGCGACCUGGCGCGGCUGCUGGCCGCGCAGGGGCUGUGCCUGCGCUCCGCGCCCGUGCUGCAGGAGCAGACCGCGGGCGGGGCCUGCGCCACGGGCAGCCACGGCUCCAGCCUGGAGCUCGGCACCCUCAGCGACGAGGUGGCGGGGCUGCUCGUCGUCGGCGGCGACGGGGAGGCCCGCUGGCUGGGGGCCGGCGGAGAGGCGGGCGGGCCGGAGGCCCCUGCGGCAGGGCCGGGGCCCGAGGACGCCUGGCUCCGCGCCGCGCGCCUCUCCCGGGGGGAGGUGGGCGUGGUGUGCGAGCUGGCCCUCCGCACCUCGCCGGCCUACAGGGUGCGGCGCGUGGUGGAGUGGCUCCCAGAGGCGGAGGCGCUGACCGAGGCGGCCGUGCGGGCGCUGCACGCGGGGGCCGAGCACCUGAUGCUGCACUGGCUGCUCGGCGCGGAGGGCGGCGCCGAGAACGUGGCGUGCGUGCAGCUGCGGCGGGCCGGGCCGCAGGGCGCGGGCGGCGCGUCCGGCGGCGCGGCGCCGUACACUGGCCGCAGCUGGUUCGGCCCCGAGCUGAGGCUGCCCAGAGAGCCUGGCGCCGACGGCCCCGAGCCAGCGGAGGGGGCGUGGAGGUCGAUGGAGUACUGCGCACCGCUGGGGCGGCUCGCGGAGGCCGCGGCCGCCGUGCGGGCCGUGAGCGCGGAGUGCGGCGGGCGGCGGCGCGUCGAGGUGAAGCUGCUGGGCGCCUCGGACGCGACGCUGCUCGGGCCCAACGCGGCGCCGCCGGGCGUCGGGGGGUUUUUCUGCCUGAACCUCUGGUGGCUCCAGCUGGCCGGGCCCGCGGGCGAGGCGGAACGCUGCUUCGAGAGGGGGUUCGAGGCCGCCAUGCGGAGGCUGGGGGCCCAGCCGCACUGGGGCAAGGCGCACUCGGCGGACAGCGCCGCGCACGAGGAAACAUCGGCAAAUUUCUUACACAUGGAGAACAUCUCCUGCAUGUCCUCUACCCCGACGUUUCCCGACCUCCAGACAACCGCCGACAACCUUCGAGCCAGCGCAUCUCGGAUGCCCCAAGACGCCGCCCCCAUCCGCCGGCGUCGUCGCCCCAGCGUUCAGCGUCUUCGCCGUCGUGGCCGUCAUGGACGUUUUCGUUGUGGUGGUGGUCGUCGUCGUGGGGAGGCGUCGUCGUCGUCGUCGAAAUCGUCGUGCUGCGCCCGAAAGGCGGCGGCGAGGGCCGAGGCGGCAGCGCAGUUUGGGGCGGCGGCGGCGGCGCUGGACCCCGACGGCGUGUUCUGCCUUGGCGGCGCGCGAGAAAAGAGUCGCCAGCGCGGAUUGCGCCAGCGUGCUGCAGGAAGUUGAGGAAGC